GGGUUGCCUAUCUUUGCCUAGUCCUGAGUCUGCCCCUGCCCUGUGGUGGGAUGGGCUGUGAGAGGACAGGGCAGAUCCGUUUUACUCUUUGACUCUUCACCUCUAGAAUGUUUAUAGAGGACAAUGACAGGGCGGCUCUUCCUUUCUAACAUCUUGGGCUUUAAUAGCCGCUCAUGAGCGAUUAAUACCUUUUGCAUGAUUAUUUACAGGCGCCCCGAGAUUCGACUAACGUAAUGAAAACACGUAAUCGGUUCUCAUUAACCGCUUUACCGGAAUCGUGACGUUAUUCAUGAUGAUAUAAUUUAUGAUCCUGAUCGAGGACUGAUCGCUGCACGACGGUGGUCCGGACGGGAAUGACGUCAGUGCACGGAAAAGGCCGAAGUGUCUCUCCAGACUUCUUUUUUUCCCCCAAAUUCAAUGCCACAAGAACAAGAGGUCAUGCCCAGUGGAGCAGAGAAUGGCAAAUCGCUGGAGAAACAGAUCGAAUGGUGCCAAGCCACAGCCUUUUUCCUCUCCAACCCCCCCAAAAAACACGCCAAUGGUUCCCCCUCCCACCUCUGCUGCACCUCGAGCUCACAUAAGUGUGGGGGGUAUAAAUGGAGUUACAGAAACAGAGAGUGAUUCAGACAACAAGUGACAGAAAGAGAAGAGAUGGCAGGACAGUGGAUGAUGAUCUUGAUUGGUGUUUCACUGGGGAUGACCUGCUUGGCAGCUCCAACCGAAUGCCACUUCAACUCUCAAGCUCUGUGUGAGUAUGAGGGAAGGCACUACUCAUUGGGUCAGAGCUGGAUGGAACAGGGGUGCAUACAGUGCACCUGUCUGCACCCUUUUGGGGUGGGCUGUUGUGAAACUGUGGAGCAGCCAGUGGACUUCCCACCUUGGUGCCAGGUGCGAGUUGAAUCUGUAACCUGCAAGGUGAGCUUGGUGCUGACCUCUGACCCACGUCUGCCCUGCCUUCCGGGAGAGGGGAACAGUGUGGACCCCAGUCAUGGAGAAAUGAACAUGAAACUAGCAGGUUAACAAGACAACAAAGCAGUUGAUCCAUCUGCCAAACCUGCAUCAUGCCUGUCUGCCUAAGCUGUCAUUGUGCUUCAUCUGUACGAUCUGUAAUAAUGAUACAAGUAACUAAUAUUUGCUUUUUAUCACCCUGAAAGUUAGACAAAGUGGUUGGUCAUGUGCUGCUCUUGUCCAGGGGUCAUUUCUGUCCCCUGCUUUAAUAAACCGUACUGGUUUUAUAUCUUGCCUGACUAUGCAGUGAUGAAAGAACCCUCCAGAGCACAGAUUUGGUAAUAAUUGCAAAAGACUUCUAGUCUAGGUACAGGUGAUUCACCUAUAGUAUUCACUAUGAAGUUGAAACACAAAUACUAAUCCUCAAUCAGCACUUAUAGCCUGGAAAGGACACAUGCUGUUUUGGAGUGGUACUUCCUCAUCCUUCAUUACAUUGAUUUAAUUCAUACAUCUACUCAAAUAGCAUGGUCAUGAUAUGUUAAUAUUACCUAAUGCACUAUUGUAAAUACCCAGCUUUGCGCCUUCAAUGAUAUACAUAUUACAGUUUUAUUUCAUGUGUACCACUUCAUA